UUUCUUUUUAUUUGUUGCUGUCGGGAACACGUUGCAGUUUUCAUCAACGUUGUGCAUUUUCUUCGGUGGUUGGAGUAAAUAUAUCAAAUUCCAAAAAGAAGACGUUGCAAAUCAAACAAAAUGGCAAAUGUGGAGCGAAAGGGCACCUUCAAGGUGGAAUAUCUACAACAAAUCGAGAAUGAUAUGCGAAAGCGAUGGGAAGAGGAACAUAUACAUGAAGCGGAUGCGCCACUUGAACCACGACAACGUUUGGAUGAAAAGUUCUAUGUCACCUUUCCAUUUCCCUACAUGAAUGGCCGUCUCCAUUUGGGUCAUACUUUCUCGCUUUCCAAAGCGGAAUUCGCAGUGCGUUACCAGCGGCUAAAGGGACGGCGCGUGUUAUGGCCAUUUGGUUUUCAUUGCACUGGCAUGCCUAUCAAAGCGUGCGCCGACAAAUUGAAGCGUGAGUUGCAAGAUUAUGGUUAUCCUCCGAAGUUUCCAGCCGAUGAUGCAUCAGCAGUUGUGCAAGAACAGCAACAAGGCGAUGUACCCAAAGAUAAGUCGAAGGGCAAGAAGAGCAAAGCUGUAGCGAAAACAGCAUCGGCUAAAUAUCAGUGGCAGAUUAUGCAAAGUCUCGGUUUGAACGAUGAAGAGAUUAAGAAUUUCGCAGAGGCGGAGUAUUGGUUGGAGUAUUUCCCGCCGUUAGCCAUCAAAGAUCUCAAGAAAAUAGGAUUACAUGUGGACUUUAGACGCACUUUCAUCACAACUGAUGCCAAUCCAUUCUUUGACUCCUUUGUAUGUUGGCAAUUUCUGCACUUGAAAAAAAGCGGCAAAGUGAUGUAUGGAAAGCGCUACACUAUUUACUCGCCUAAGGAUGGGCAACCAUGCAUGGAUCACGAUCGCGCGUCCGGCGAAGGUGUAGGCCCGCAAGAGUACACUUUAAUCAAAAUGAAGGUGCUUGAGAAACCAGCGAAGUUGAGUGCUGUUACUGAUCCUAUAUUUAUGGUGGCUGCUACGCUUCGUCCAGAGACUAUGUACGGCCAAACUAACUGCUGGUUGCAUCCUGACAUUAAAUACAUUGCUUGGGUAACGACGCAUUCGAAUGAGGUUUGGAUUAGUACACGCCGCGCAGCGCGCAAUAUGUCAUACCAGGGAUUUACUGCUGAGGAAGGUAAAGUGGUAGAGAUUGCCGAGUUAACCGGACAGGAAUUGUUGGGCAUACCUUUAGCUGCGCCAAUGACAUCACACAAAGUCAUCUAUACACUGCCAAUGCUAUCGAUUAAGGAAGACAAGGGUACAGGCGUUGUAACGUCUGUGCCGUCUGAUUCGCCUGACGAUUAUGCGGCUUUAGUGGAUUUGCAGAAAAAAGACGCUUUCCGCCAAAAGUAUGGCAUCAAGGAUGAGAUGGUGCUUCCUUUUGCGCCAGUACCUAUCAUAGAAGUACCCACAUUGGGCAAGACCUGCGCUGUGUAUGCCUAUGACAAAUUCAAAAUACAAUCACAAAAUGACAAAGAUAAAUUAGCUGAGGCGAAGGAGCUUUGUUACUUAAAAGGUUUUUAUGAUGGUGUACUUUUGGUUGGCGAGUUCGCUGGGCGCAAAGUGCAAGACAUUAAGAAAGACUUGCAGAAAAAGCUUGUGGCUGCAAAUGAAGCGGAGGUCUACUAUGAACCAGAGCAGAUGAUCAUAUCGCGUUCCGGCGAUCAGUGUGUAGUAGCACUUUGUAAUCAGUGGUAUUUGAACUACGGCGAACCUGAGUGGCAGGCGAAAACCAAAAAGUGGUUGGACAGCAUGGAAUUAUACCACGAAGAGGCACGCAAUAAUUUCGAGGCGUGUCUGAAUUGGUUGCACGAAUACGCCUGCUCACGUACAUAUGGGCUGGGCACCAGGCUGCCAUGGGACGACCAAUGGCUCAUUGAAUCGCUCUCGGAUUCGACCAUUUACAUGGCUUUUUAUACAGUUGUGCAUCUGCUGCAAGACGGUUCAUUUAGAGGCGAAAAACCGAGUCCAUUGGGCAUCACUGCAAAGGAUAUGACACCCGAGGUGUGGGACUAUAUUUUCUUCAAAGAAACACCCUAUUCCGACAAGCUGCCAGUAAAGAAGGAGUCACUCGACAUUCUGCGUCGUGAGUUCGAGUACUGGUACCCAUUAGAUUUACGUAUCAGUGGCAAAGAUCUAAUCAAUAAUCAUCUAACCUUCAUGCUGUACAACCACACUGCCAUUUGGGAUAAGGACGAGAGCAAGUGGCCGUUGGGUACACGUGUUAACGGCCUGCUGCAACUCAAUUCCGCAAAAAUGUCGAAAUCAAGUGGCAAUUUCCUUACACUCUACGAAGCUGUUGAGAAAUUCUCUGCGGAUGGCACGCGACUUUGUCUGGCCGAUGCUGGCGAUAGUGUGGACGAUGCAAACUUUGUUGAAAGCACCGCAGAUGCAGGCAUUCUACGACUCUACACUUUUAUAGAGUGGGUGAAAGAGAUGUUGGCCUCACGUACACUGCUCCGCAAGGGCGCACCUGACACGUUCAACGACAAGGUGUUCAUCAGUGAAAUGAAUCUGAAAACGCGUGAAACGGAUGAGAAUUACCGCAAAAUGUUGUUCAAAGAAGCCUUGCGUACUGGGUUCUAUGAGUUACAGCUGGCGCGUGACAAAUAUCGUGAACUUUGCGGCGCUCAAGACAUGCACGAGGAGUUGGUGCUUGAGUUCAUACGGCGUCAAGCAUUGCUAAUGGCGCCCAUUUGUCCGCAUGUCGCCGACUAUGUCUGGGGUCUGUUGGGCAAUAAGGAAUCCAUAAUGCAUGCGCGCUGGCCGAAAGUGGGUGAAAUCAAUGAGAUUGAUAUUAAAUGUUCCGAGUAUCUCAUGGAGUCAGCACACGCCUUCCGCCUUAACUUGAAGAACUUGCUGCAAGUGAAGGGCAAGGGUGGCAAGGAAAAAGCAGUGGAUCCGACCAGCGUGAAGCCGUACGGCGCUUUGGUGUGGGUGGCCAAAACUUACCCGCCAUGGCAAUGUUGUGUGCUCGACACGCUGCGUACAUUGUACAACAAACAUGGAAAGCUGCCGGAAAACAAAAUUAUUGCGGCAACGCUGCAGCAGAAGGAGGAGCUCAAGAAAUUCAUGAAGCGGGUGAUGCCAUUCGCGCAAAUGAUACGCGAGAAAGUAGAGAGCGGUAAGGGUGUAGAGGCGCUGGCUAUCAAUUUAGAGUUCGAUGAACGACAGGUGCUGCUUGACAAUCUGGACUAUCUCAAGAACACGCUGAAUGUGAAUACCAUAGAAAUAAAAUACACCGAUGAUCCGAGCGCGCCUGAAAAGGCGCGCGAAGAAGUGCGUCCUGGCUCACCCUUCAUAGUGUUUUCGGUUACGCCUAAUAUCACCGUCGAAUUGACGAAUCCUGUGGAGCGUUCGGGGCUGUUUCAAGUGACUGGCGUUAUUUGCGAGGGCGAUACGGUGAAGCAGUUAACUGAAAAGCUUGCCAAGCUGAUAAGCUUUAAAGCUGACUUGUCCACGCUCCAAAUUUGGCGCUACGAUGAUCCUUUGCUUGGACCACGCCAAAUGCCAAAAUUCCAGGACUAUAAAUCAGGCAAAUCUCUUCUCACCGAAGGCGUAUUUACGUUGGAUGUAGAAAAGAAAACAGUUUCCAUGAAAGUCGAAGAUAAAGUUGUCGAAGUUGGACGCCAUUUUAUUUAUGUGGUCAAUUAGUUUGGCUCAUUGCAACACAAAGAAACAAGGAAGAAACAUUAAUUUAUUUCAUGUACUUUAGUUUGCAUAAUUUAUGGUUGUUCAAAGGAUUUGAUUUUUGCGGUUCAGAAAUGGGAAAAUUGUGCUUUUGAAUUAAAAAAAAAAAAACAAUAAAAAAUAAAUGAAUUGCGGUAUCAAAAAUAA